AUGCCUUGCCUGCCUUACCUAAGUACGUCGAUCAAGUGUCUCGAAGAUGAUGCCAGCUCCCCACGUGUAUGCACACCACCAAUUCAAUCCACAAGCCGACUCGGCGUGGAUGCAUCAGCAGUCGAACCAACAUCACCAUGCCCAGCAAGCUGCGGCCGUAGCUGCUUCCGCUGUUCAGCAGCAGCAGCAGCAACAACAACAACAGCAGCAGCAGCAGCACAACAACAGCAGCAACAACAACAGCAGCAGCAGCAACAGCAGCAGCAGCAACAACAACAGCACUACAAUCGACUCGCCAGUGCCCAUCCGUCUAUUCCAUCCCUAGCCAACGCUCACGGCCAAGAUGGCGGCCAUGAUAACAUCUCUGAAGACAACCGGAGGACUAUGUCUUACAUCGCUGACCUGUUGAAUGAGAGCACUCGCGAGGCUGCUCUGCUGGAGCUGAGCAAGAAGCGAGAGCAGGUGCCGGAGCUAGCGCUAAUCCUCUGGCACUCCUUCGGCGUGAUGACCUCGCUAUUGCAGGAAAUCAUUUCGGUUUACACCCUACUGAACCCGUCGCAGCUUACGGCUGCGGCCUCCAACAGGGUAUGCAAUGCGCUAGCACUUUUACAGUGCGUUGCUUCUCACAACGACACGCGCACGCUUUUUCUGAAUGCCCAUAUUCCAUUGUUCCUCUAUCCUUUUCUGAAUACGACGUCAAAAUCGAGACCCUUCGAAUACCUACGUCUGACCUCACUUGGCGUCAUUGGUGCUCUUGUGAAGAAUGACUCAUCUGAGGUUAUCAAUUUCCUCCUGACUACCGAGAUUAUUCCACUCUGUCUGCGCAUUAUGGAAACGGGUUCAGAGCUGAGCAAGACUGUUGCUAUCUUUAUUGUACAGAAGAUCUUGCUAGAUGACAAUGGCCUCAACUACAUAUGUGCCACCUACGAGCGUUUUUAUGCGGUAGGUACUGUGUUGAGCAAUAUGGUCGCUCAACUGGUCGAACAACAGACCGCCCGUCUCCUCAAGCAUGUUGUCAGGUGCUUCCUUCGGCUGAGUGACAAUGCUCGGGCGCGUGAGGCCCUUCGGCAGUGUCUCCCAGAGCCCCUCCGAGACGCGACGUUUUCCUCGGUUCUUCGAGACGAUGCUGCGACGAAGAGAUGCCUGGCGCAACUCCUCAUAAACCUCUCAGACAAUGUUGUCGAACCCACACCAGGGGGCCACCACGGCCUUUGA